GUGAGGUGGUGAGAGAGACAGAGAGUGAGAAUCCCAAACUCCAAUUCUAUUUAUAUGAAAAGAUGUUGUGGGAUUCAAAGAAAAUGAUAUGUUGUACGCGGUGAGAAAAUUCAAAGAAGAAAGGAGAGAGAGAGAGAGAGAGAGAGAGAGAGAGAGAGAGAGAGAGUACUAGUAAGACCGGAGGUUGACAUGUAUUCUGCCACUGGUGGUGGAAGGUUGUUUAUUCUUGCGAAGAUUUUCUUAUCUGGGAUCGCCCUUUCUACUCCCAAGUCCCAACCUUUCCUUCUCUCUGGGCGCGUGAGCUGUGCUGCAUAAUCUGAUGGAGAUCCGUAACCUUCUAUUCUUCCGUUGGUCUUCCAUUACCAUUCCUUAAUCCAGCCUUUUCGCCUCCUCCUCCGCCCCCUCUGGUCUCUCUUUUUCUUUUCUGGAACCACCAUCACUUUGUUGGUUACAGAAGUUCUUUUGCAGGUAAAAACAAACAAACCAUUUUUUGCUCCAUUCCUGUGCAUUGAGUAUAUUAAAAAUCCAAGCUGUACAUGGGAACACUUAUGGUGUGCUAGUCUAUUUUUACCCAAGCCUUUUGCCAGAUUGUUCUGCUGGAUACUUUCUGCUGCAAUUGUAACUGUAACCAGAAUGGGAACAAAAAUUCAGUAUAAAUGCUACGUCUCAGGAUAUCAUCCAAUAAGGGAUUUAGAUGAGGACACAAAAUUUUCUUGGUCUCCAUUUUCUGAAGAUAAAUCAUUCAGUUGGAAACUUUGCAAUGAUUUCAAGCCAAGGACAAUUAGUAGCUGGUCAACAUAUGACAAAGAAACAUUGAAGCAAACUAUGCUUGAACAUGAAGCUACAUUUCAGACUCAGGUUUAUGAACUUCAUCGUCUUUAUAGAAUACAAAGGGAGUUAAUGUAUGAGAUAAAGAGAAAACAACUGAAUAGAGUUUCUGGACCAACACAGACAUCUAAGUCAAAUGGUGAUGACAAGAGAGCUUCCUGUAACUUUCUGAAGGAAGGUGUAACACAAUGCAGUUUAAUUUCAACUGCAAAUGGAGGUUGUGUUAGCAAUGACAGACCAUUCGACACUAAGCUCAAGAUGUUUCCUAAGAGAAUGUUGGACCUUCAUCUUCCUGCUGAAGUUUACAUUAAAAAUGAAGGUACAGAAAAACAAGAUAGGGAUAACAUUGCUGAGUCAUGCACUAUGGCUGUUGAAAAUCUGAACAUCAAUCAUGCAGUUGAGAUUGAGAAUGAUGUCAUGUCGACUCUUGAGGUUCCUCUCUUUGGAAUCGGUACUCUAAAAUCAAAUUUGCAUCCAAAAAAUGAUCUAUCUAUUCACAGUCUGGUUGACCUGAAUGAGCCUAUUAAGGAUUCAUGUGAGAAAGGAGCUAUCAGUUCAAGUUCUCAUGAGUCCUGUGGCAUGAAUGUACAUUAUAAACAGCUUCAUCACCCUUGGGCACCAAUGAAUUUUAGAAGUAGAUUUCCAGAUAGGAAUUUUUCAAUGGACAAACACAGAGACGUUGGUACCUUUAACUACUUCGACACAGACAAAGUUGAAAGAAGACAAGAAUGGCCACUGUUACACACUGAUUCUGGUGAAAGAAAAAUUGCUGUCGAUUGCAUUGAUUCUGGCCUAUUUAGUGCCAAAUAUCCAAUGUCAUCUGAGGCAAUAAAGUUGAAGCUUGAUAAAUCUCAAGAAAGUCACUUUCGUGAUCAAAAUCAAACACAGACAUGGUUUGGAGAGAAAACUACACACUCCAGAACUCAAGAUUUUGUUAAUUCAGAACAUCCAGGAUAUACAGCUUCUCAAGUCAUAUCUCCAUUGUUGGUUGAUUCCUCCUUUUCCCAUACAAUUGCUACCUCUCCAGAAGCUUCUUCUUGGAGAAACCCUUCAGAGGGUAUACGCCACAUUCCAGUUGAAGUUCAAGUGCUUCAAUGCUCCAGCAGACCUUCAGUGUUGAAUGGACUGAGCAUUAAUUGCAAUGCCCAUAAACAAAGAAACAGUAUUGGUUGUGACAAACUACAAAGCAUUGGUGAUCUGCAGCAACAUUUGAGAGUUGGUAAUAGAUCCUCCUAUGUGAAUGGUCUUUAUCAUGGUUCCCAAAUGUAUUCUAUUUCUUUAAAUGGAACGCAUCUUUCACCGAGUAACCUAGAGAAGCCAAACCUCAAUAAAAAUGGUGAUUCUCCACCAUAUGGUAACUCUGAAAUUUAUGAACCCCAGAAGUGCUUGAAGGACUUGCAGUUUGCAGACAUCAAGUCUGAAAAGGAUUUGAAUUUGAAUGAGGGAAUCCUUGUUGGUAUUCAAGAUGUGCUUGCUGACAAACAAAAUUUAGCCAGGAAGCAUGAUGAAUCAUCAAAGAGCUCAAUUUGGCUUAGAGAACAACCAUCUUUCAAUGAUUCUGCUGAUACAAAAAAAGGAUGUGACAGUCGAUUAGAUUUGAGAUUCAUUGAGAAUUGUUCUCAUUCUCCAGAAUUACUAGGGCAAGAUGCCAAGGAAAAAGAUUCUUCCAUUUGUGUCUUGAAGCACUCUGUGUCAUCCUUUGACAUCAAGGAAAGCAGAAUUCAAAGAAGUGCUGUAACUGAAAUUAAUCCACCUGAUAACUCCAAGAGGAUAUUCUACUGCACAGGUUCUGUUUCAUAUUAUGGACAGUCAUUAGUUGAUAAUGUGAAGGGCAAUAGAGAAUGUAAGGCAGUUAGAAAUUGCAUCCCAAUCUCAAGAAAUGACAUCAAUCUGAACUAUGAUCUUAUGCCUAUUGAUGAUGUUUCAGCUGAUGUUGAGACACGGACUCCAUCCCAAUCUCUGGCAAUGGUUGCCAGAAAGCCAUCUAACAAAAUUGAUUUGGAAGCAACAGCUGAUGAAAUGAAAGACAACAAUAUAUUUCAUGGGGUUGAGAUCAUAGAUAUGAACCAUCCAGUGAUGCCAGCGGAAAUACCAAAAGAGAAGAUAUCCUCUCAUGAUACUUGUAUGAGACUGGCAGCAGAUACUAUUCUUUCCAUGUCAGUGGAUGUGCAUACUCAUUUAGAUAAUGUUACAUGUUACCCCUCUACUCUGUCUCCAUGUGAUUCCUUGCAUUUGUUGGCCAAGGUGAUUACAUUGAAUGGAGAAAUUGCAGGACAGUCAGAAGGAAGCAGAUAUGACCAUUGUGAAGCUUCAGAUGAUGUAUUCGAUGUCUUUGAGUACAUGACAUUGAAGCUUGAAGAAGUCAAGGGAGAUGAUUCCUGUUGCAAACAAUGUCAAAAUAACAAGCAAAACGAUGAGGGUAAGUCCAUUGCCUCACUGCUUUUUACCAGGCCUCGUAGGGGCCAGGCCAGAAAAAGAAGACAGAGAAGAGAUUUCCAGAAGGACAUCCUACCAGCACUUGCAUCAUUGUCAAGGCAUGAGGUGAUGGAGGAUCUUCAGGCACUUGGAGGAAAAAUAAGAGCAAGCAAGUCACGGCAAACAAGUUCCACUAGGAGGAGCACAAGCUCAAGCAGGUCGAGUGUCCAAUUGAGGGGGAGAUGGCAGCAGCCAAGUAGUUUGGCCAUCACUGUCACAGAGGUUCAUGACAGUCCCCCUCAAUUACAGCCUAUUCAUACUGACUUAGAGAUUGAUGGGCUGAAUGUAAUGGCAUGGGGAAGGACAACGAGAAGGUGUCGUAGGCAAAGAAUACCAUCACGUAACACGUCUGCUCCUCGAGAGUAGCGUUUUGAGAAUGAUACUUGUCAGAAUCAAUUGUUGGUGGAUUUAGCCAUGAGAUGCACUGUAGAUGAUGGCCAUAGUCUGGGCAUCAAUUAUGUGCUUACAGAUAGUAUGUAGAUUCCAUUAAAUAAUUGGUGAAUUGUUUCUCAAAAGAUAGGACAGUAAUUACUGUUGGUUAAGAAAGCUGUGGAACUUGUUGGGUUAAUUGAAUGAUAUUUAACCUUAGAAACUACA